AUGGGGCCGUCAGGCGCAAUCCCCCCGAGCCCAUCCUCCCACGCGCCCACCUCCUCGCAGACGCAUCCCACCUCCUCGCAGACGCAUCCCACCUCCCGGCGUCUGCUAAAAAAAACGUCCCGGCGACCAGCCGUGCCGCCGCCUCCCACCUCCCCGGCGACCAGCCGGGCCGCCGCGUCCACCGCCUCGCACCAGUCGCCAUGGCUACCAACCACCGCGGAGGCGACCGCUCCCUCCCUGAUUUUAGGCGUCGCCGGCCCCCCUCCCCUUCCUUCCAAGCGCCGCCGACCGCUCCCCGCUGAUUCCACACAUCGCCACCCCAUCCCCUGCUUCCACGCGCUGCUAUCCAUCUGCUUCCACCGCGUCGGCGGCUCGCUCCCUGCUUCCACUUCCAUUCGCCGCCUCAGAACCCCGCACACUACCGCCCUCCCUUACCGCCUACAGCUCGCCGUGUGCAAGUUCGUCAGUCCAAGUUCUCCGGCGAGCUCGUCUCUGGUUUCGUUUUCCUUAACACUCGCAAUGGCAUGCUCCAAGCCCGCCGAGACUGAAUCAUUUGACACCAGUUCUCUGCACAGCGUGGCUCGACGUGCAGCCCGCCAGCUCCUUCGUGUACAUCCAGACAAGAUGCUGUGGUGUACAAUUUAAUGCAU